AUGGAUCACGGCAGAGUUCAGGUCAUUGGAUCUCAGGCAGAGUACGCGCAGGCGCUGCUCGUUGCCACAGCCGCAGGCCGGUUGGCCGUGGUCGAUUUUACCGCCAAGUGGUGUGGCCCCUGCAACGCGAUCGCGCCCGUCUUCGUUCAACUGAGCAACAAGUACCCCACAGUCGACUUUGUCAAGGUGGAUGUCGAUGAGCAGGCAGAGAUCGCCGCCGCGCACGGCGUGAGCGCCAUGCCCACGUUCAUAUUCAUCAAGAACGGCCAACGUAUCGACGAGCUGAGGGGCGCCAACGCAGCCAGGCUCGAGCAGCUCAUCCAGAAGCACAGCAGUGCCGGUGGAGCCGAGGAAGAGGAGAGCGACCUGAAGCUUCCCGCUGGCCACAGCGACGUGACCCAGAACGUGGACAAGGCGCAGGGCGAGUGCCUCAACCAGAGCACCGAACACAAGUGGGACAACAUCUUCAAGAAGGACGAUUCCUUCCUCGAGAGCGACACCGACGAGCAGCUCCUCCUGUAUAUCCCCUUCAACCAGCCCAUCAAGAUCCAUUCGCUCUGCUUUCAGGCGCCCGAUGAUGGCCGGGCUCCGCAGACGGUGAAGCUCUUUGUGAACAAGCGAGACAUGGACUUCCAGUCGGUUGACUCUGCGCCCGCCACCCAAGUGAUCGAGCUGAAGGCCGACGACGUCAAGGGCGACAAGCUUGUCCCUCUGCGGUUCGUCAAGUUCCAGAACGUGAGCUCGAUCACCAUUUUUGUAGAGAGCAACCAGGGUGGGGAGCCUACCACCGUCAUCCAGCGUCUGCGCUUCAUCGGCCAGGCCCAGUCCGCCACCAACAUGAACGAGUUCAAGAGGGUGGCUGGCGAGAAGGGCGAGACGCAUGGCUAA